AUGAUAGCCGGUGUUCUACUCGGGUUUACGUCGCACAUCUUCUCCGGCGCUCUCGGCCUACACGACGAGACUGAGUCGACUGCGCCGUCCAAUCUUGGUCGUUCAAAGAAAAGAGCCUCUUCCCAGGGUUACCAAAGCCCAAUCCCAGUGAAACAGCAAUCGCAUACGCCCAUGGCGCGCAUGUUAUUUCCUCCCUCAAUCCCAACGAUUCUUGAGGAGGAGGACGAAGAUUCCCCAAUUCUCCCGGGAAACCGGAGACGGCGGGGUAAGGCGGGUAACAACGUAGAAGCAUGGUUUAAUGGAUCAGACGAAUCGUCGGAUUUGUGA